AUGAAGAGAAAAUUAUCAAAUCUAGUUAGAACAGGAUUUUACACAGAAGCUCUCUCUUUAUUUUCAAAGCUUCAUUUUCAGUCACACCCCGUAGACGAAUUCACCUUUCCUUUCCUUCUUAAAGCGUGCUCGAAGCUCAAACUACUCCCACAUGGCCAAAUACUUCACGCCCAUCUCACAAAAACUGGGUUCAAUUCAGAUAUAUACACCGCCACAUCCCUCACCGACAUGUACUUCAAGUUUCAGUUCAUGGAAAGCGCACUCAAGGUGUUCGACGAAAUUACUGAACCAAAUACAACAUUGAUCAACGUUAUCGUAUCUGGGUUUUCCCAGAACGGGUAUUACAAGGAAUCUUUGGACAUUUUCAGACGAGUUAAUAGUGAGUAUGGACUCAAACCCGAUUCUGCCACCAUUGCUAGCUUGUUGUCAGGUUGUGAAAACGACCUAAAAGAUGGCCUCCAGAUCCAUUGUUGGGCUUUCAAGAUCGGUGUUGAAACAGACAUUUAUGUAGCCACAUCCCUUGUGACAAUGUACUCUAACUAUAAACAUCCCGAAACUGCAUCAAUUGUUUUCAAACAAAUCCAUAAUCGAAAUGCAACUUGCUAUAACGCGUUUCUUACGGGUUUAUUACAAAAUCGAAAUUUUCAACCCGUAUUAGAAACAUUCAAACAAAUGCUCCAAUCAUCAGAUCAAAACCCAAAUCCAGUCACCUUUCUUUCUGUUCUAUCCGCAUGUUCUGAUCUCAAGAAUCUGAAAUUUGGAACACAGGUUCAUGUGCUACUUAUUAAACUCAAUUUGGUACUCAACGUGUUAACUGGAACUGCACUUUUGGACAUGUAUUCCAAAUGCGGAUAUUGGCAUUGGGCUCACGAUGUUUUCAAGAAUCUUGAUGGUGUAAGAAAUCUAAUAACAUGGAAUUCAAUGAUUUCAGGGAUGAUGAUGAAUGGGGAGAUUGAAACUGCUAUUCAUUUGUUUUCAAUGUUGGGAUCCGAAGGAUUUAAACCCGAUUCAGCAACAUGGAAUUGUAUGAUAAACGGGUUUUCACACCUCGGGAAAACCCACGAAUCGUUCUUGUUUUUUAAAAAGAUGUUAGAAACCGGUGAACCCCCGAGUAUGAAAUCGAUCACAAGUUUAUUAUCUGCUUGUGCUUCUAUGUUUGGUUUUGUAAGUGGUAAAGAAAUCCAUGGAUAUGUUAUUAGAAAUGGUAUUAAUCAUGAUGAAUUUGUAGUCACUGCACUUGUGGAUAUGUACAUGAAAUGUGGUCGGCCUUCAUGGGCGUUUUUGGUAUUUAACAAUCUUGAAAUAAAACCGAGCGAUCCCGUGAUUUGGAACGCGAUGAUAUCGGGGUAUGGGCGAAAUGGGGAGAUUGAAUCUGCUUUUGAGAUGUUUGAUUGGAUGUUAAAAGAGAAUGUGAAACCAAAUUCGUCGACUUUUAACUGUCUUUUAUCGGUUUGUAGUCAUAGUGGAAAAGUCGAGAAAAGUUUGGAGAUUUUAAGGAUGAUGAAAUGUUACGAUUUGGUACCGGGUUCGGAGCAUUAUGGUAGUGUGAUUGAUGUUUUGGGUAGGUCUGGUAGAAUAGAUGAAGCUCGGGGGGUGUUAUUGGAAAUUCCAGAAGUUUCAGGGUCGGUUUUGGCUUCUUUGCUUGGUGCAUCGAAGUUUUAUUCGGAUACGAAAACAGGAGAAGAAAUGGCGAAAUUGCUUGUGGAAUUGGAUCCCAAAAGUACUCUGCCUUUUGUGGUUUUAUCGAGUAUUUAUGCUGAGAAGGAAAGGUGGAAGGAUGUGGAAGAGUUGAGAGGUGAGAUGGAUCGAAGGAGAUUGAAAAAGAUUAGUGGUUUUAGUUCGGUGAUUGUAAGAUAA